GUCUUUUUGUAUUUAUUUGAUGUUUGAUUUUGACGUGUAACCUAUCGCUUUCUCUUUAUUUACAAUAUUUUACAUAAAUCUCCAAAUAAUCUCAAUAAAUAUGUCGAGCGGUCAAUGGGAAGUUGUUGGAAAGAGCAAGAAAUCUCAAAAUGGUAAAGUAAAAAAUAAGGAAGAUGAGAAAAAAAUUAAAAAUGGUCCGAAAUUAGAGGAUGUUGUUCCACAUUCGCAAUUAAAAUCAUUUUACGCCGGUAUGGAGAUUGACAGCGAAAAAAAACCGGCUAAAGAUAAAAAGAAGGAUGGAGAUAAAAAGGGGAAGAAACAAGACAAAAAAGCGGAACCGCCGAAACCUAAACCGCCUAGAACUCUGGAAGAAGCUCUGGAGGCUAUCGACGUAACAGAACUGGCGAACAUAAUAGCAACAAACAAAAUUCGUUUCUCAAAUGCGCCCCUAGUUUGGCUCAAAGAUGUCGCAAACUUCUUGAACACGAAGAUCCAGAUUGAUGUAGAAGAUCCCACAUUCUCCCAGCAUCCUUCUUCGUAUCCCCUCUCCGUAGUGCCUGAUGAGCUGAAGAGUGUACUGGAAGGAGUACUCCAGGAUGCAGAAAAAAAAAACACUCAACUAUUCUUUGAUGGUACCCUGACUGCCCUGGGGAAUGAUAUGAGUAGAGGUCAAUUUGUAAACGGACACAGAAUAUUGCUGCAAAUGCUUGCUCAAGAAAACCCAGAUUUUUGUAUUGCAUCCAUUCAAAAAAAUGCAUCCCUCAGGAACUCGUAUCAAAAUAGACCUCCUAUCGGAUUGUCUUUACUGUGGGCGUUUGGACAGGGUGGUUUGAGAGAUUUUGCAGUUGGAAUGAAAGCCUGGCAAGAACUAUUCCUACCCCUAAUAGAACUGAAGAACUACUCGAAAUACGUGGUAGGUUAUCUGUCGAAGCUGAUGGAUCUACACGCGGGCACGGACGCGGCCAAAAUCAGCCAAGACCAGCUAUUCGCCAUGAUAGACACGGUCAACGCGAAAAAGAACGGCCUGUCCAAAGAACUAUCAAGUGACCUUAUUCAUCAAUUAAGUAAAUAUAAGGAUUUAUAUUUCAAUAAAUGCAGCAAUAAAUUACAAGUGACCUUCAACCAACUUAUGAAAAAGUUGCCCAACCAAUAUCUGAGCGGUUCAGGUCUUGAUGCGUACAAUAAGGUGCUCGUUGAUUGCCUGGUGGAUUGCCUCGUGAGAGACGACUCAUGCAAUGCGACCUGGAGACAACUCUUCCACAGGUGCAGCAAGCAAUCCGCAACAUUGCUUGAAUAUAUCGACACAAAUUGGAGCGAGCUCAGCCCCAGGUUGAAACUGAAGUCAUUAAAGGCCACAGUACUCCAAUACAAAGAAGUCAGCGGGAAAGCUCUGAAAGGCAAGAAGAAGGAUGAAACUCUUGUCAAAACCAAUAAGAUCUGCCAGGAUAUUCUAGACAGAAUGACAAGCACUAGAAGGUUCCCUUGGCUUUGGGCGAGCUUCUUCCUCAUUGUGGCCAUCGCUGGCCUCGUGGCCUACGAUGUCUCGAGGGUUGGCGGCAAUUUCCCUAAGAGCGCAACGGGAAAACUAUUCAAGGACCUCGGCAUACUCGAACAGAGCCAGCGGGCGUGGCAGAAGACAUUGUCGACGUCAGCACGCGGAUACUUGUGGGUGGAGACCAACGCGCCAGUCUACUACGCUCAGACCGUGGAGGCGUGUAAGCCUUACGCACAACUAUCUAAAGAUGCUUACUUCAUUGCUGUGAAAAAGGCUGGAGUUUUGUAUGGAAAUGUCUGGGAUUAUGUGUCUGAAAAGUCACCCAUGCUGGAAGCCUUCAUAGAGCAGUACGCACCAGGAUUGAUCGAGACGAUCCGUAAGCAGUACCAAGCGUUUGUUAGUGCUGUGGUGAAAUAUGCUACUGAUUAUUACCAACUGUCUGCUGAUUACUUGAAGACUAAAGUGUUCAUUGGCGAAUGGGCGCCGGAGAUACUUCAGAACAAGACCCAGUCAGCUCUCAACGUGACCAGGUUCCACAUGACUUCGUAUUUCCACUGGUUCAGGGAACAAGUGAACAUCUACUCGGAGAUACCCUGAACACAGAGCUGUUCUGUAUGUUAGUGAUAGUACAACUCAAACGCGGAUAGAGGAAUGUGCGAUGUGUAAUUUUUUUUUACUUAAUUUAUUAUAUUUUCCAAUGAAUUUAAUUACAACUUUUUUUAAAAACCGUUUUUAAAAUCUACUGUUUAUUAUUACGUUUUAUUACAUUUACUGCUAGUAAUGUUAUUUGUUUAUUGGUAACAUUUUAAGUUUAAAACAUGGCGUACAAUAUUGAGGUGCACAAUGAAAAAUUAUAAGUUCCUAAUUUAUUCAGGUAGCUGGACUAUCGCAUGCCCGUGACCAUAGUCCUCUGUCCGUACCUCCCUGAGUUCAUUUUCAAAACCCGUCAGUUUUUUUUAUAACAAAAUUUUAAUUGAGUACAACCAAAAUGCAGUCCAUUUGAUGUUAGUCGACAUCGUUAAUGCAAUAAUUUUUCAUAUCAUUAACAUUUAAAUAUCCAUGACAUGUAGUGGUAUUUCUAAAUUCAGUAUUCGUCAACAUUCCUGAUGAUGCAUUUACGGAAUCAACGACUGAUUACAUUAAAUCGCAAUCGACUUAUUGUUAGUUACCUUAAUCAUCAUCCAAAUACAAAUCAUUAAUCUAAAAAGUUAGACCUUGUAGUCGGUAAGAUUUUUUUAGUAUAUUUAUUUGUGUUGAGAGAUUGUGUGUUUUAAUUAAAUAUACAAUUUGAAAGAGGAAUGAUUAAAUUAUGUUUUAUGUUCUAUAAAAUUUUGGUAAUUCUUUCAAACAUUGUUUUUAUUUGUAUAAUUAAAGUUCUAAUCAGUAAUUGACUGUAUUGUGCAGAUGUCGCUAUUUACAAUUUUGAGACUGUCUUCCUUGAUUUAGUUUAAAUGGUAUUAAGACUUGAGUAUUAGUCACUCCAGUGCUUGUAUUUUAAAACCAUCAUUCCUCUGGAUAAUGUCAAUGUUGUGUUGUACGAAAUAAAUAUAAGAAUUCACAAUAAAAUAUUGUUAGUGAUUUCA